AACAACUGUACUUGAACACCAAUAAAAUAAUUUAAAAAAAUAAUAAAAUAAUAAUAAAAAAGAAAUCCAUGGAAUACGUUAUCUGUGUACCUGAAUAAGAAUUUUUUCCAUAGUGAGACCCUUUUGUGAGCAUUACAUGGGACCUACAAAUUUUCUUUUCAUAUGUCAGUGUUUAGAGGCUCAUCCACACACUUCUUCUUCAGACAUCCUUGUAAGAUAAUCUUCUGCAAGACUAGAGCAUUACUAAUCAUCUUGCAGAAACUAUUAGGUAUUGCCAAUUAAUGUGCGGAGAUUAACUCAAGUAAUUUCUUCUACAGGGAAAGUAGACGCAUCAGUAGUCUCAUCAGCUGUGAAUAUUUCCUCGUGUUUCUCAGAACAUGAAUCCUUCAUCUCCAUUACCAACAUUUUUAGAUAUGGAUAUGACGAUAUCACGUAUAGAAAUUUGUCCAAAGGACAUUCUGGUGAGAUUUCAAGGCAGAAGUAAUACCGAAUGUGACUUUGACUACCACAUAUUGCAAAGGGAAAUACAGCAUAUUCCCAAAGUAAAAAAUAACGUGGACGUUAAUGAAUUUUGUUUGGUAGAAGAAAGAGUGUCUGGAGAAUGGCAGAGAGGAAGAGUUUUGGAAAAGAAAAAUGAACUCUAUACAGUGCUCCUCAUAGAUCGUGGAGAAGAACUGAGAGUCAGUAGUACGCAGGUCGCUUCAGCCUGUGGCAAGGUAUUUGAACUACCACCACGCAUAGUGUUUGGUAUUUUUGCGAACAUACUACCAAUUGGAGAAAAAUGGUCUCCUAGGGCUUUGAAUUACUUCAAGUCAUUAGUGGGACUGCAAGUGAAAGGUUGUAUGCAGGCUAUGUUUCCUCUUCAGAGGAUCCUUCUUGAAGUGCCAAAAAUUAUAUCCCAGGUUCUUGAAUUAAAAUUAGGAAGACUGAUUGAUGGGGAUUCAUUUUGUCUCAUUGUUGAAAUGUUAAAAGAAUUUCCACAACAACAAAUGCCUGAUUUAUUACAACCUAAGAGCCCUGAAUUAUCGUUAACUAACAGCGACACUUUACUUGAUAUCCAGCACGUUUUGGAUAAUUUGCAGCCAGCUUUGUCAAUAGGUAGUAUCGAAAGUGUAAAGGUAUCAUCUGCACUGAGCCCAAGUAAAUUUUAUUGUCAAUUACUUAAAUGGAUUCCAGAGUUGGAGGACUUGACAGCAUGCAUGAAUUUGCAUUAUGACAUUGUCUGUCAAGAGAGCAGCCCUAUGUGCGACAAUUUCGGACUGCUCUGUGUUGCCAGACGGAGAGACGGGCAGUGGCAUCGAGGCAUUCUUCAGCAGGUCCUGCCCAACAAUCAAGUGAGAGUUUGGUUUAUGGAUUAUGGCAGUAGCGAGGCCAUACCCUCCAUUCACGUAAAAAAACUGAAACAGGAUUUUACUUCAGUUCCAUUAUUUUCGUUUCCAUGUUCUCUGACAUAUUUACGUAACCCAGACGUGGAUGCAAGAAAACUUCAACUCAGGGUGUUCAAACAAGCUCUGUUGGGGCAAAUAGUGUAUGCACACAUUGAUUGGCUUAAUAAGGACGAACAUGUGUAUUACGUGACAUUACAAACUCAAGAGCCUACAAUUAAUUCUAAGUGUCUGCUGAAAACUCGAGGCACCCGGGUACUUUGUCCAGUGCCUGAUUUAAAAAUCUCUAAUAUGCUGAGAGACACUGGUGCUUUUGAUGCAAACAGGUUUGCAGUUGAGAGUUUUAUUGGAAAUACUGAACGGUUGAUAGACUCUUUAAGCAAGAACGAUACUUUGAAAGUAGAUUUUCCUAUUAAAAAUGUAGAAAUGGAGAUAGACACUGCCUACAUAGCUUCCGUGGCAUACGUAUUAAACCCAUCAAAUUUCUGGGUACGCAUCAAUGAGCAUCAGAAUGAAUUUCAAGAUGUAAUGAAAAAUAUAAACAAGUUUUAUGAUAUACAUGAAAAUGAUGAGCUAAUUCUAAGAAAUCCAGAACCUGGCUUAUUUUGUUGUGCACGAUAUAGCAAGGACAGAUGUUUUUACAGAGCUGUCAUCACUGAAAUUAAUGGUUCUAAGAUUGAUGUUUACUUUUUGGAUUAUGGAAAUACUGAUUCCGUACCAUUUUUUGACGUAAGAACUCUGCUUCCAGAGUUUCGUGAGUUGCCCGCCUUAGCCAUGUGCUGUUCACUUGCGCAUAUAUUUCCUGUUGAAGAUAUAUGGGUGAAGGCAGCAACGGAUUAUUUUAAAAAGAUUAUCUUGAACAAAGCAAUUUUGCUGCAAGUUAUAGGAAAAAAAGAUGACAAGUACACUGUCAAUAUCCAGAGUAUCGAAGCCUCGGAAAACAUGGAUGUUGUCUCCCUCAUGGUACACGCUGGAUAUGCAGAAUAUUGGGAAGUAGAGCCAGAAUGUCAUCCACGACCUGUAAAUCAGUGUUUGAUGUUCAAUUUAAAAUCGAAAACCAAAGUUCGUAUUAAAAAGAUCUUAUCCGCCCUUCCUAAAGGACGUAAACCUAAAAAGUCUUAUUCGAAUAAGCUAAAAGAAAGCAGUAUGUCUUUGUUAAAGUCGACAGCUGUUAAUUUCUCAAAUUUAAAAAGCCCUUUCGCCUUGUCUGUGGAUCCGGAGUCACCAUGGCCUUAUAAGGAAUAUCUGUUUAAACCCGGGACAGUCCUUGAAGUUAAGUGUUCUUAUUCUUGCGGCCCAGGUGACUUCUCAUGCCAGCUGCAGUGUAAGUUAGAAGACCUAAGAUUACUGAUGGAACAAAUUCAGACUUACUACAGCAUUCAUUCUGAUCCUUACCAGCUUGGGCAGAUUGCUUGCGUUGCGAAGUAUUCCAAAGACAGGAAGUGGUAUAGAGCUGCGGUUCUGACGCAAGUGUCAAAUAAAGAAGUUGAUGUGGUGUUGGUUGAUUAUGGUUAUCAGGAAAGAGUUUUGAUUAAAGACCUUUGUGCGAUUAACCCGCAUUUUCUUUUUUUAGAAGGCCAAGCCUUCAGAUGUAGGCUUAACCAUUUAGUCGACCCCGCUAGCUGUAAAUUAUUAAGUUGGACAGAGGCAGCAUACAGAGACUUUGGGAAUUUCAUUUCUUUGUCUAGAGGGUUAUUGACUUGUGUCAUCUGUGCCUUGAUUAUUUUACAGUCAAAUCAUUUAUGUAAUUUGGUGGAUUUACAGUCUCCACUUGCUAGUGCGAAAGAAUUUCUUAUCAAUCAUGGCUCUGCCCAGUAUAGUACGUUAUCAAAGCCAUUCCCAUCCUCGGUCAGUCUUUACAGCUACUGUUAUUCCUCCUUUAACAUAAAAAUUGGAAGUGAGGAAGAAAUGUAUAUUUCCCAUAUAUAUAGUCCCAAGAAGUUUUAUUGCCAACUUAGUAGAAAUAAUAAAGACCUAGAGAUGAUAGAAACGAAAAUCACCGAGAUCAACCUCAACAGUUGUCCAAAAUAUUCUGGCAAAAAGAGGUUGUGCUUAUGUAAAUAUGCAGAGGACGGUCUCUCUUACAGAGCUUUAGCGGUGCCAAGGUCAGGUUCGUUUUCUGACUUUCUGGUUUACUUUGUGGACUUUGGAAACAAGCAAUUGGCAGAAGGAAGUAUGUUGAGGGCUAUUUCUGAUCAGUUUCCGGAGUUGCUGUACACACCCGUGCAAGCCGUGAAGUGCUUUCUGUCAGACCUUAGAGAUGUAGACAUUCCCGCGGAAAUCAGCAGCUGGUUUGAAGAUAAUUUCCUGGGGAAACCAUUAAGGGCGGUAGUACUGUCCAGGGAGUCAGAUGGCCAGCUUGGUGUAGAACUGUUUGAUGGGUAUCAACAUAUAAAUCAGAAAAUUAAAAUGCUGCUUCAUGCAUAUGGAAAAAAACACUGUGACCCAGGACACUGUGUGGAGAAGGGUCAGAAAAUAAAUGAGAAUAAGAGACUUGCUGUUUCUUGGAAGGGCAAAAUAGAAAACUAUCACCAUGAUACGAUGAACAAAACGUGUCUAGUAACAUAUUCUGAAAGCAAAAUACAUCAGUUAAUGAAUUCCAAAAGUAUAUAUGCCAGGCUUUUGAAACCAUCAGUUUGCUAUAAAAUUGAACCUGGGUCUAAAAACAAAGUAAAGAAGUCUGUGAACAGUGGACUGAAAAACAAAGGUGUAAAAAUUGUCCCCGGAUCCGCACAUACUCCUGAUGAAAACGCUGUGGGUGAGACAUCAGCAAGGGCUGCGUCCCAGUCUUUUAUCAGAGAAUUACAUCAAGUAACCUCGCAGAACCCGUGUAGCCUUGCAAGACCGCAGAUCAAAGACCUUCCUCAACCCAAAAUUUACUUGAAUGCCCAAGUUAAAGGGUAUGUUUCCAAUAUCAGCAAUCCGGCAAGUUUCCAUAUUCAUCUUGCCGAGAAUGAAAGUGUAAUCAUCAGACUUGCAGAUGCUCUGAACGAAAGAAGAGCAGAUAUAGUGAGGGAGAGAAAACCAGUUCAGCACAGAGUGGGAGACCUUGUGAUUGCGGAAUACUCUGCUGACAGUGCCAUUUACAGAGCAGUAAUUAAGAACAUUCUGCUAGGAAAUGUAUUCGAAGUGGAAUUUAUUGACUAUGGCAACACUGAAGUAGUACACAUAUCUAAAAUUUAUGAACUUAGGAGAGAGUUCUUAGCUAUUCCUCAGCUAGGAAUCCAUUCUUUCCUUAGCGGAGUGAAAUGGAACGAGCCUGGCGAAAUAUGGGACAGCGGGACUGUGGAUUACUUCGCUUCCAGAGUGAGCGACAGGACGGUUUCUUGUGAAUUUUUGAAGAAGCAUGAGCAGAAGUGGGAAGUCAAUAUAAUCUGUGAUGAGAAAUGUGUCAUUCAUGAACUACUGAAAUGGACAGCCUGUUCAAAAUUACAGGAAACAGCAUUGCCAAUGCCUGGGGUUGUUUCUCAGAAGGUAAGCCCUGAUGGAGAGGGUGAAACGAAGAAAGGAAGACCCAGUGAGUGUGGAAGUCUGGGGCUUCUUCAACCGCCCCACCAGCAGUGGGGUGCUAUCCCUCUCAAGCACUUAAAGCCUGGACAACUUGAAGAGGCUGAAAUACUCGACGUUUCGAAAAGUGGGGCAUUUUACGUGAAGUUAUCUAAAAGUAAAAAGGAAUUAUCAGACUUAACCGAAUCAAUUGCUGAAGAAGUAAAAAAACCCUUUUCAUCAGUGGGAAAUAUUGAAAAGGGCUUAGAAUGCUUGGCAAAGUCUGAAAAUACUUUGAAGUGGUAUCGAUCAAAAGUAGAAGAAAAGCCUGUUGAUGAGAAAGUGCUUGUUUUUUUAGUAGACUGUGGUAGGUAUGAAAUCGUGCCUUUAUGUAAUAUCAGGGCACUGACAAAUGAGAUCAGAAAUAUUCCAGGACAAGCUGUGCCUUGUAAAUGGAUUUGGUCUGAAAAUUUUAGGAACGUGCCGUUUGAGUCCAUUGUGCAUUUAUUUGCUCAUUUGGAAAUAGACAUCCUUUUCCUGAAAUAUGUACACUCUGCCUGGGAAGUAGAAGUUUUGGUAGAUGGCCUGUUACUUUUGGAAUUUUUAAACUCACAUGCAGUUCACGUUGAAGAAAGCAAACUUAGGUCUUCAGAAAUUAUUUUCAAAGUGGCAUCCAAGACUCCAGCAUCACCACCACGUACCACAAGAGCGUUUACGAGGGCGUGGCUGGAGAACGGGAGGCCGUACUCUGGCGUUGCCACUGCUGUUGCGGAUCCGUCUGACUUCUGUGUUCAGUUGGAAGAUUCCUUUGACACAAUGAGAUCUGUCUUCACGCUGCUUUCUGAUCUGCCGGAAAACUUACCGACCGUGUCUCCAGAGCACCUACUCCCUGGCUCUAGCUGUUUGUUCAAAUGUGAACUGGAAGAUCAAUGGAAUAGAGUAGAGAUUGCUGAAGUCUCUGACCAGUCUUUACUUAUUGUGUUGAUUGACUACGGAUCUUCCAUUUACAUAUCAUACUCAGAGGUAAGCAAUCUUAAAGUCGUUCCCGAGGAACUUCUGAAUUUGCCAAGGCUAAGUUACCCUUGUGCCUUACGUGGUGUCUCACCCGCUAAAGGGAAACAUUGGGAUGAAGAAGCCAAAAGUUUCUUUCUGGAUUUCCUGAGUAAACCAGGCUUAGUUUUUCAGGUUAGGGAAUGUAGUUUUGAAACAAAACUGAAAGUGGAUGUCACUUGUGACAAAAACAGUCUGGCAGAUGUCUUAGUCGCAUCUGGUCUUGCGGUGUAUUCUGAAGAUUCAGAUCCUCUUGACGUUACUUCUGUUGGAUCUACCAAAAUCCCAUAUGAGUUACAGAGGAAGCCUAUUUGCCCAUUGUCAGGUCACAAUUGUUACAAAAGAGAAAAUAUCAAUUGUUCAUGCACCAAGAAACAGAAACUCAGAAAGCAGAAAACUGUAAAGAGAAAAGAUGUCUGUAAGAACCUCUUAAGGAAAAGCCACAAACACAAUCCCCAAAGUACGGUUACGUUUGAUAAGUGUGUGGCAGCUUCAUUUGGGGAAGGACCUAGUGGUCUGCAGAAUAGCACCAAUUGCAUUGAAAACCUAUUCAAAAAGCUACCGGUCGAGGAAAUACAGGAAAAUAACACAAUGGACUUGAAAACAGCCGUAAAAGCACCGCCUGUUAGUGAAAAAAGAGCAGAAGAACACUUAAAAGGUCUUCGGAUCAAGAGGAACUCGACUGAGAAUCCGGUGCCGGGGAGCCUAAUCUGCACUUGGACCUGAUGUAAAGGAUGAAGUCUGAGACUGUGCUGAUGGCAUAAUGGACUGCGACCCUAGGAGUCUGGGGGAGGGUGCAGUGUAUUUCUCUUGUGGGAAUGAUGUGAAUUGCUGUGGCCACAGGGAAGACUAUGCUGCACUGUGUUCUCCAAAGACUGUCGCUGUAAUAUUUCUCACCUCACAGGCUUUCAUCUAGUGUGACCUUGCCAUUCCCCAUCAAGAGGUCUGAUUGGCCUGGGCAGGCAGGUGGCUCUCCUUGACCAAAGCAGAGGGUCGAAGUGAUGCCAUGUGACCUUAUGAGAGGUCACCAACAGAGAUGGCAGCUUUCACCUCGCUCCCACCUGGUGCCCUGACCCAUCACGCAGGGAAUUCAGCUGCCGCACCCAGGCUGUGAGGAAACCCCGGCCACAUGGGGAGGCCACGUGCAAGGACCCAGCUGGACAGCUGCCAGCUGCUCUGGACCCUAGCCGUCUGAGGUGUCCUUGCUGAGGCCAUGGGCAUCAUGCCAAGACAGGCCAACCUCAUCGUGCCAUUCAUGUCCCAAUUCCUAAGCUAUGGGAUCCAGGAACCUGAUACAAUAGUUGUAUUUUAUACACUAAGCUUUGGGGUAGUAACCGGAACAACCACAUUAUAAGACUUGUUAGACCUUUUGUUGUUAAAGUGGCUUCAUAAUGAGUAAAGUAGGAGUUUAAGUGAAAAUGUUUGUGACACACAUUUUAGGUGUCUAAUGUCUUGCUUAUUUAUUAAUUUGUUUGGUUUUAGGAUACUAAGUCAUAUGGCUAUUUGUGAUUUCUAGAUAGUUGAUGUGUGACUGCCCUUUAGUUUGUACUGGUUUAUUUGUAAACUUUACAUUUAAUUUGCAUUUUGUUCUCCUACUUGAGUGAAAACUCAAUAAAUAUAAUAAUCUUU